GCUUUCUCUUAAAUGGACACCAACUUUGGAAGAAAAAUUUAUAUAUGAUCGGUUCAUGAGUUGGGUAUUUAUUUAUCAUCGCCCUGCUUGCUUUAUCAAAACCACAAAGGCUUCCAGUCCGAGAGAGCCACUCUCUACUCCAUGUGUUUCAUGCACAACUCAAGCCCUUCGAUGGAAUCCUCCUGUGGUUCAAUCACCGAGUCAUACUGCUCUUGGGGGGAUUCUGCGCCCAAGCAGGAAGCGCUGCCCUUCAAUGAGAAUGAUUCAGAUGAGAUGAUGCUGUUGGCCAUGCUCGUUGAAGCCACAAGCGAAGGAAUGGAGACGGAGAUCCUGAGGAAGAAAGAGGAAGGCCGGGGGAAUCAGACCGGUGGGGGGAGACCGGAUGGACAGAUGGCCAAACAGGAGAAGGGCUACCGGGGGGUCCGGAGGCGGCCGUGGGGAAAGUACGCCGCCGAGAUAAGGGACUCCACGAGGAACGGAAUCCGAGUUUGGCUCGGGACUUUCGACAGCGCGGAAGCGGCCGCGCUGGCUUAUGAUCAAGCGGCUUUUGCGAUGCGGGGGUCGUUGGCGGUGCUCAAUUUUCCGGUGGAGCACGUGAGGGAUUCUCUGCGCGACACCACCUACGGGAAAGACGGUUGCUCGCCGGCGAUCGCGCUCAAGGAGAAGCACUCCAUGAGGAAGAGAAGGAAGGGACCCAAGAAACAGGGCAGCGGUCCGGCGAACGGGCCCGGUAUCAGGAUUCAGAGUGCGGUGGAGUUGGAAGACUUGGGCACCGAGUACUUGGAACAGCUGCUUAGUUUUUCGUGUGCUGGUGAAGGGGGAUUCUAAGCAUAUGCCUUCCUUCUUUCGUCGCUCUUGCAGAAGAGUAGAUUCCACGCACCGCGACUUGUAGAAUAUAGGAUAUUCCCAUGUAUUCUUUUCUUUUCCUUCUAUAUUUCUUAAUCUUGUUUGGCACAUGAAAUUCAUGGUCUGAAACUGUGCCACUUUCUCUUCAUCCUGCUCUACAGGUUCCGUGUACAUAUUUUUGAGAAUUUGGAAAGUAGAUGAUCUGCGCUACUUGAUUAAUCAAGGGUUUUGACAUCUCUAAUAAU